GAUAAUUUAAUGCGAAAAGCCUUCCAACGUAGCAAAACACAAUGAUCUAGAUUUAUCAACGCUUCCCUCGACCAGCCGAACCACCAUCUAUAGUUUAUUGUAUUUCUGAGAAUUUUUGUGAGAACCCAAUUAAAAGUGUUAUUAGUCUCUUAUAUUUCCCAAAUUUAUUUAAAAUUAUAUAUUUUCUACUAAAUUAAAAUGUUUCCUUUUGCUAUCGAUUCUUAAUUUUACCAAAAACAGAUAAAGUCAUGGAGAUUUCUUUAAUCAAAACCUAGGACUCACCUUCUUCUUUUUUAAAUCAUUAUGUUCUCUGCCGUAUUAAUCAUUAAUCCAACUAGUAUCACCGAAGGAAGAAAAUAAAAUCUCUUCUCUUCCUAUUUCCUUUUUUAUUUUCUGUCAAGAAAAAAGCAAACUUAGUCUUUAGGGUUUGUGGCUCCUGUACAAAGACGCAGAGGUAAGAGACAGAGAGCAACACGAGAUCUAUAGCUCAUGCAUUUUUCUGAAAUUUUCGUUACAGGGUUUUACUUUCCACACCAGUUCUAUGCUUCUGUUCUUUAUUUUAGUUGUGCUAAUUAUUCCUCAUCUGUAAAGGAAAAUGGUGAGAGGAAAGAUCGAGAUCAAGAAGAUCGAAAACGUGACAAGCAGACAAGUCACGUUCUCAAAGCGAAGAAGUGGUCUAUUUAAGAAGGCUCAUGAGCUUUCAGUUCUAUGCGAUGCUCAAGUUGCGGCCAUUGUCUUCUCUCAGAACGGAAGAUUAUAUGAAUUCUCUAGCUCCGAGAUGGAGAAGACAAUAGAAAGAUAUGGUAAGUUUAGUAAUGAGUAUUUUGUGCCACGGAGGCCCCAACUACAACUAUACCUGGAGGAGCUGAAGAAGGAAAUGGAUAUAAUGGUUAAGAAGAUUGAUCUCCUUGAAGUUCAGCAACGGAAGCUAAUGGGGCAAGGUUUGGGUUCGUGUUCAGUGGCAGAACUUCAAGAGAUAGACAUUCAGAUUGAGAAAAGCCUCCGUAUUGUCAGAUCAAGAAAGGCUGAGUUAUAUGCAGAUCAACUAGGAAAGCUAAAAGAACAGGAGAGAGAACUCAUGAACGAGAGAAGAAGGCUACAUGAAAAGGAAAUCAGAGAGAGGUUGCUACGACCGCUGCUGCCAGUAACAUUACAUACUGAGAAAGGUGAACCCGAAGGUGGUUACAGAACCAAACAUUCAUCAGAGGUCGAAACCGAUCUAUUUAUUGGAUUGCCUGUGGCUCGACCAUAAUAUUUCAAAUGUUGCUCAAGUUUGCUUGUAGUUUUAUAACUUCGUCUUCAUAUUUGUAUAUUACCCUAUAAUUAAUGAGCGAUAUAUCACCAUCCCUUGUGUAUAAAACUGGAAAUAAUUUGACCUGUAUAACAGUAUAAAUUGUCACUUUAGUUUUUCU